AUGCUGACAAAGCUGCGCAACGGGGGAAAGCUUCUGAAGGGGGGGAUUCCUUUCGACAUCCUGCCGCUUAGCGUGGGGGUGGAUAUCACCGAAAAGAUGUGGCAAGACGGCGAUGAGAGUGCACUUGUGGUUCUCUAUGCACCGCAGGUAUUCCCGCAUUUCCACUACGAGCAGCUGCUGCCGCUGCUGGCGGAACUGAGCGCGACCGUCCACCGCCUGCGCAACGAGGCGGCCAAAAGGCGCGGCAUAGGCAACAUCAGCGGGGAUGCUACUGUUGAUGAAUCUAAUGACAACUACGCAACAGAUAACGUGCGGGCUCCAGCGCAAAAAGACGAUGGAGUGUUGCUGAAUACACACGGAUUCCGUGUACUCGUGGUGGACGCAUCAGAGGCGGGGGAUGAACUGCAGCAGCUGUGGGAGAAAAACUUGACGACACACAAAGGCAGGGCAUCGCUAGAGUCUUCGCCCAAUGAUGGGGUUGCCCCACAUCCACUCUUCCUUGUGGAUGAAGAGGUCGAUAGCAACACCAACGAUGAUGAUGAUGAUGACGAGGGUGAUGUUGCUGUGCCUGCUUUUUCAAAAACAAAGGUGGAAUUGUUGCAGUUGCUCCUCUCGCCAAAGGGCCCGCGACGCCGCUCCUACCGCGUACACCCCAGUGUCCUGGAGAGGCUGCGCAGUAACGCAGAGACUGAGGAGAAUAAUGCACCAGCAACGCUACAGCUGCUGCGGGAGUUGCCUCCCGUACUGCUUUUCCCGGCGGCGGAGGCGCCAAUGUUCCUUCCACAGACUCUACUGCGCUGCGGCAGCGCCGUGGAGUGCGGCCCGAUAACACCCACUGCGCGUGCGGUGCUCCAGCACCAGCAACGCUGCGGCUGCAUUGAACUCUCCACCCUUGUGCAGCCGUUGCUACAGUUCGUUCUUGACGAGCUACGGCAAACCACGGUGAUGGAGCUCAACGCGCGGCGCCGCACGGCUGAGUUGAGGAUACAGCGCCGCUGGUGGAAGCGUGUCAAAGUCCCAAACGGCGUGCGCUGCGGGGGAUACAGCAAGGACGAUGAGGCGGACGAUGAGCUGUUUAACGCCCCUGUUGGCUACGCCGAGCUGAAGGGCAAGACCGACGACGAGGUCGACCGCAUGUACUUGGGGCCUAUGAAAGACAGGCUGCGAGUGCUGUAUCGCCUACGCGACAUGCCAGUGCUGCAGGAGGCACGAAAGGACGCCGCACUGGUUGCACGCGUGCGGCAGAAGCUGAGCGACAUGCCAAAGCCGGGUGGUGCGGGCCCAACUAUGUCGCCCGGCGACAAUAUCUUCGACGCCGAACAAGCACGGGAGAGGGAGAACUACAUGCUUGUCGUGGAGUACCUCGGCGCCAACAGCAGGGUGGCGCUCGAGCUCUUAGACAAGGACCCGUGCCAGCACCCGCUGCGCCACCUCGAGGAGCGGAUCAGAAAAAUUGCGCUUGUGCUCAGCAGCAUCCGCAUAGAGGAGGGCCGCGGGACGGCGGCGGAUCAGCGCGAUGUGCGACUGCACGCCAUGACGCGGGAGCACAAACGCCGACGGGCGCAGGCGGAGCGGUUCCUGCGGAACAUGAAGGAAGAGCGGAGGCGGCGUGAGGAGGAGGAACAGCAGCAGCAGCGCCUCAGAGCAAGGGACCAAGAAGAGGAAAGAAGUAGAGCUGACUUGUGA